AAUCGCUAGUGAUUCUACAAUCCUUCCACAGUCUAUUUUGCCUGCUACUGAGUUGCUUCCUUGGCAAGUCCCAAUCGACUCCGCAAUGAAAGUAUUCAUCUGCUUAGCCGCUCUGCUGGUGGCCUCCGCCUGCGCCAGCAAAACCGAGGGUGAGAAGGUGCCCCUGGAGAAGAAGCUGGACAAGCGCGGCCUGCUCGACCUGGGCUACGGCUACGGUCACGCCGGCCUGGAUGUUGGCUACCUGGGACACGGAUCUAUUGCCGGACACGGCUACGGCCUGACCGGUCACUCCGCCCCCGGCCCCAUCGCCGUGGGCCACAGUGGUCCGGCCAUCGCCAUCGGACACACCGCUCCCGCCGUGGCCGUCCACCAUGCCCCCGCCCCGUAUGUGAUCAGCAAGCAGGCCGAUGUGCACAAGACCAUCACCAUCACCAAGGGCAUCCCCGUGCCCGUGCAUGUGGACCGCCCCUAUCCCGUGGUCCAUGAGAAGCGCGUGCCCGUGGAAGUCAAGGUGCCCGUGCCCCAGCCCUACGAGGUGAUCCGCAAGGUGCCCGUGACCGUCAAGGAGUACGUGAAGGUGCCCGUGCCCGUGCCCCAGCCCUACGAGGUGAUCCGCCACGAGAAGGUGCCCAUCCACGUGCCUGUCGACCGCCCCGUGCCCGUUGAGGUGCCCAAGCCAUACCCCGUGCCGGUGGCCAAGCCCUACCCCGUCUACGUGGAGAAGGCCGUUAAGGUGCCCGUGCCCGUCCAGGUGGACCGCCCCUACCCCGUCUACGUGAAGGUGCCCGUGGUGUCGCACUCCGUGGUGAAGCACGCCCCCACCGUGGCCGUCAGCAGCUACCCGGUGAGCAGCUACGGACACGACGCCUCCGUCUACGCCGACCACCACGGCUACCACAAGUAAGCGGACGGCCCUUCCAUUGGAGCGAGCGGACUUUCUGGAAAUGAGCCGAGGGAAAUCUAGCAACAUUUUCAACUAUCCACUCCCCCUGUCAGUCUCCCCUCCAAUCCUACCGUCCCGAGCAGACACCAACCCUGGAAGUUCCACUUCCGCCCUGCCACUCUCUGUAGCUGUUAAGACCCCAAGAUGAAGCAAGCAACGCCUUUUGUAAAUUAUUUCCGAUCCAGCCCCCCAAUGGAAGCCAUUGUGCGGCACGAGAUCUUGAGUUUAGGGUAAACACCAGCUAACUGUUUGUAGAUUUCGCCGUCUAUGGACAGCUUAGCCGGCUCCGUUUACCAGUGAGGGCUUUCCGCGCACAAUGAAUUGAAUGGAUAACGACAGAAUAUCUAUGUGGAAAUCUAUUAAGGACAAAAUAAAUUAAAAUUUAUAAAAUUAAA